AUGGAACGAAUAGGCGAUAAUGUUUUUCGGUCAACCUAUCUCCGAUCAGGUUCACCACGAUCUCCAGCCGUGUAUGGUGGUCUGCUGUUCGCUCAAGCUCUAGCUGCAGCCGAGGAGACCGUCUCGGAACGCCUGCGAGUGCAUUCCAUACAUUCGAUGUUCAUUCUAGCAGCCGGUAUCUCGAAACCAAUCGAUUACUUCGUCAAAACACUUCGUGACGGGCGCAGUUUCUGUACCCGCUGGGUGGAGGCUAAACAACGCGGUCAUAUUGUUUUCACGUGUCAAAUCUCUUUCCAUUCGCCCGAAGAAGCAGCUAUGAAGCACCAAGCCAAAAUGCCCGAAGUGGCUCCGCCUGAGCACUGCCCGGAGCUAUACGACGGAGCUGAACAGCUCCUGGAACAAGCCGCCCAGGGCCACUAUCAGAUCAACCCAGUACGAGAAGAGCGUUUGCGACAACGUAUUAAAGAUAAAUUCAAAGUUGGGGCACCACUUUUCGAGAUGCGGCCAACAGAUUUGGAGGAAUUUCUGGCGUUGAAGAUGUCACCAGAACCAAAUAAGUCGUUUGUUUGGGUCAAA